AUGGUUACAACAGGAGUAACCCUCGAGGACAUAUACAAGCUGAUCAAGGAGGGUAAUCAAGAACUCAAGGGACAAAUUAAUAGCGUGAGCAAGACUGUUAAUGAAGCCAAAAAAGAAAUAAACAACAUCAAUAAUAAGUAUAGAGAUAUCGAGAAGGAAAACUCAUUAUUGAAAAGCAAAAUCCUUAAUCUAGAGAAUAAGCUGAAAAAAUAUAACAUAGUCAUCUAUGGGAUAAAGGAAAGUGUUGGCCUGUUUGUCGAUAACGAUUACACUCCAGAAGAAUACGCCAAGAGAAAAUUACUUCAUCAGCACCUGAAGAAAGCCCGAGAAGCAUCUAAUUCUGCGUUUAUUAAAAACAAUAUUCUUUAUGUCAAUGGCGAAGCAUUUUCCUGGGAAAAGCUACAGAAUGACGAUACUGGCGACCAUCAGGAUGAAGGAAUCAUUGAGACAGUUAUCUCUAAGCAGGAUAAAAAUACCGAAGAACAACUGAUCCCUGAAGAUACGAAAAAAGGGGAAAAUAGACUGCAAUAUGAACCAAGCAGGGUCAACAAGUUAGUUCCAGCAGGCCCAUCUAAAAGUACUCCUACGUCUUCACACAAAGUGCCUAAACUACGCAGUACUUCAAAGUAA